CCCCCAACCGGUCAGGAGCGCAGCCGCCGCUGCCGCUGCCGCCGCCGCGUCCUCUCAGGCUUGCGCUCCGCCCGCUGCUACUGCCGCCGCAGCCCGCCCAGGAGCGCAGAGCCGGGGGCACUGGCCCCGCAGCCUACCCACUCUUCGGGCCGCGAGCCGCUGUAGCCGGCAUGGGGGGUCACUAAGAGCGGGCGCUCCUUCCCUUUGGCACCUCCCCGGCCACUGGCUACUGGACCCUGGCCAGCGAACCUCGAGCAUCUCUGGCCUCCAGUUCCGCACCCGGCACGGCCCUCCGCUCUGCCCCUUCGGCUCUGAGCAUCGCGUCCCUGCCCCCCCCCGCCCGCGCCAGGGACACCUGAGUCCCCCGGCGGCCCUGAGGAGAGGGGCGGGGGGGGGGGUGGACAUGAAGCCGCUGGAGAAAUUUUUGAAGAAGCAGACAUCGCAACUGGCGGGGCGAACGGUGGCGGGAGGUCCGGGCGGAGGUCCGGGGAGCUGCGGCGGGCCUGGAGGGGGCGGGGGGCCUGGCGGGGGCGGCGGUCCAGCCGGGGGACUGCGGCCGCUGCAGCGGCGUCAGAGCGUGUCUCGCCUGCUGCUCCCAGCUUUCCUCCGGGAGCCCCCCACCGAGCCGGGGCUGGAGCCGCCCCCUGAGGAAGAAGGGGGAGAGCCGGCGGGAGUCGCGGAGGAGCUAGGCAGCGGGGGGCCCUGCUGGCUGCAGCUAGAGGAGGUGCCGGGGCCCGGGCCGUUUGGGGGAGGGGGCCCCCUGCGCUCCCCUUCCUCGUACUCUUCAGAUGAACUGUCUCCAGGCGAACCCCUGUCUUCCCCGCCCUGGGCCCCCCUGGGCGCCCCCGAGCGGCCGGAGCAUCUUCUGAACCGGGUUCUGGAGCGGCUGGCCGGAGGGGCCACCAGGGACAGCGCAGCGUCAGAUAUCCUGUUGGACGACAUCGUCCUCACCCAUUCUCUCUUCCUCCCCACGGAGAAAUUCCUGCAGGAGCUACACCAGUACUUUGUUUGGGCAGGAGGCAUGGAGGGCCCCGAGGGGCUGGGCCGAAAGCAGGCCUGUCUAGCCAUGCUCCUUCAUUUCUUGGACACCUACCAGGGGCUGCUGCAGGAGGAAGAAGGGGCUGGCCGCAUCAUCAAGGAUCUCUACCUGCUGAUUAUGAAGGAUGAAUCCCUUUACCAGGACCUCCGAGAGGACACACUGAGGCUACACCAGCUUGUGGAAACAGUGGAGCUGAAGGUUCCAGAGGAAAGCCAGCCACCCAGCAAGCAGGUGAAGCCACUCUUCCGCCACUUCCGCCGGAUAGACUCCUGUCUACAGACUCGAGUGGCCUUCCGGGGCUCCGAUGAGAUUUUCUGCCGGGUCUACAUGCCUGACCACUCUUACGUGACCAUACGCAGCCGCCUCUCAGCGUCUGUGCAGGACAUUCUGGGCUCGGUGACAGAGAAAUUGCAGUACUCGGAGGAGCCUGCAGGGCGUGAGGAUUCCCUCAUCCUGGUAGCUGUGGCCUCCUCUGGAGAGAAGGUUCUUCUCCAGCCAACUGAAGACUGUGUCUUUACUACGCUGGGCAUCAACAGCCACCUGUUUGCCUGCACGCGGGACAGCUAUGAGGCCCUGAUGCCCCUCCCUGAGGAGAUCCAGGUCUCCCCUGGAGACACAGAGAUCCACCGAGUGGAACCUGAGGAUGUGGCCAACCACCUGACUUCUUUCCACUGGGAGCUGUUCCGAUGUGUGCACGAGCUGGAGUUCGUGGACUACGUGUUCCACGGGGAGCGCGGCCGCCGGGAGACCGCCAACCUGGAGCUGCUCCUGCAGCGCUGCAGCGAGGUCACGCACUGGGUUGCCACCGAGGUGCUGCUCUGUGAGGCCCCGGGCAAGCGCGCGCAGCUGCUUAAGAAGUUCAUCAAGAUCGCGGCCAUCUGCAAGCAGAACCAGGACUUGCUGUCCUUCUACGCCGUGGUCAUGGGGCUGGACAACGCUGCGGUCAGCCGCCUGAGGCUCACCUGGGAGAAGCUGCCAGGAAAGUUCAAGAACUUGUUCCGCAAAUUUGAGAACCUGACAGACCCCUGCAGGAACCACAAAAGUUACCGAGAAGUGAUCUCCAAGAUGAAGCCCCCGGUGAUUCCUUUCGUGCCUCUGAUCCUCAAAGAUCUGACUUUCCUGCACGAGGGGAGUAGGACCCUUGUAGAUGGUUUGGUGAAUAUUGAGAAGCUGCAUUCAGUGGCUGAAAAAGUGAGGACAAUCCGCAAAUACAGGAGCCGAGCCCUUUGCCUGGACAUGGAGGCUUCACCCCAUCACCUGCAGACCAAGGCCUAUGUGCGCCAGUUCCAGGUCAUAGACAACCAGAACCUCCUCUUUGAGCUCUCCUACAAGCUGGAGGCUAACAGUCAGUGAGAACAGAAUUCUGGUUGGCCCCCCACGAGGGUCCUUGGGCACCUGACACUCAAGCACUUUGCACUAUGUCCUAAUCCAUCUCUGACACCUUUCCCCCUGGAGCAACUUCUCUCCCCACCAAAAAGAGUUGGAUGGACUUACCCCCAGACUCACAAGCCUGUUCAUCCUGCUGAAGUCCUCUCUCCCCGCUCCUUCAAGCCCAAACCACACGCAGCUGAUUCCUGCCCUUGCAGGGAAGUGGGGGAGAGAGUUCCUUCCUCUGUCUCCUCUGGUCAAGGUCUAUUCUGGAGAUAGAAUUUCUAGUCUCUUCUUCUCAAGCAGGAAGGAAAGCUGCCCACCAUCCUGAGCAGAGCACCAUCCAGAGCUGAAUUGUAAAAGGGAUU